GGGGGGGGGAGGCUGCUCGGGUUGGAGUUGCUUGGCCAUUCAGAGCUGCCCCGGGGAAGCCGCCGUGGAGGCGACGGGCUGAGGCGGACCCACCUCUUCGCCGCUUGGGAGCCGGGAGGGCUGAGGAAGAAAGAGUUCAAGACCCUGGAGGACACCCUCCCAGUUAAAAUUUGAAGAACCAGGAUUUACGGACACUGGAUUGAGACAAGGUGGCUUGAGAUGUCUGGCUCUUAUGAGGAUUCUGUUGAGGUUUUUAGUGGUAGCUUUUGGGAGGUUGGAAAUUACAAGCGGACAGUGAGGCGCAUCGAUGAUGGAUAUAGACUUUGUGGUGAUCUUAUGAACUGUAUUCAUGAGCGUGCAAGAAUAGAGAAGGGUUAUGCUCAACAGUUAACCGAAUGGGCAAAACGAUGGAGACAACUUGUAGAAAAAGGACCACAGUAUGGGACCGUUGAAAGGGCUUGGCAUGCAUUUAUGUCUGAAGCGGAAAAAGUAAGCGAAUUACACCUAGAAGUAAAAAGCGCUCUAAUGAAUGAGGAUUUCGAGAAGAUAAAGAACUGGCAGAAGGACUCCUUUCACAAGCAAAUGAUAGGUGGAUUUAAGGAGACCAAGGAAGCGGAAGACGGUUUUAGAAAGGCUCAAAAACCAUGGGCUAAAAAACUAAAAGAGGUGGAAGCUUCCAAGAAAGCACAUCAUACAGCAUGCAAAGAAGAAAAAAUUGCCAUAUCCAGAGAGGCUAAUAGCAAAGCAGACCCAGCGCUGAAUCCAGAACAACUAAAGAAAUUGCAGGAUAAAAUUGAUAAAAGUAAACAGGAUGUGCUUAAGACCAAAGAAAAGUAUGAAAAGUCUCUUAAGGAGCUGGACAGUACUACCCCUCAGUAUAUGGAAAACAUGGAGCAGGUUUUUGAACAGUGCCAACAGUUUGAGGAAAAACGUCUGCGUUUCUUCCGAGAAGUGUUGCUCGAAGUUCAGAAACAUCUUGACUUGUCUACCGUUUCAAGCUAUACAAAUAUUUAUCGUGACAUGGAGCAGAGCAUCAAAACAGCGGAUGCUGUUGAAGAUCUAAGGUGGUUCAGAGCUAAUCAUGGACCUGGCAUGUCUAUGAACUGGCCCCAGUUUGAGGACUGGUCAGCUGAUUUGAACCGUUCUCUAAGUAGAAGGGAGAAAAAAAAGGCAACAGAUGGUGUGACUUUGACCAAUAUUAACCAAACAGGAGAUCAGCAAUCGCCGCAAAAAAAUAGCAGUGUUAGCAGCUAAAUUGAUGAGUGAUAU